AUGUUUCUUGUUAUUAUUUUUAACUUACCUUAUUUCAUUUUUGCUCAUAUUGGUUAUUCAACUCAAAGUUAUUGUUUAGAUGAAAUUCAAAGUGAUAAACUAAAUAUUGUAUGUCGUAAUAAUGAAUUAAUAAAAUUAGGUCGUAUAAUAUAUGGUUAUUCAUGGUCAAAUGAUUGUUCUUAUAUAGAUAAAGAUUGUACAAUGGAUGUACCACGUGAAGAUAUUAUUUGUUUAACAAGUUCAAAUUGUACAGUUCGUGUUGUUCAACAUCCAUUAAUUUUACAAGAUUGUUGGAAUUUAGCUGCAUCUUAUGUUCAAGCUGAAUAUGAAUGUAUUCAAGAUUAUUCUUUAAAAAAUAUUUGUCAAAGACAAGAUAUAAGUUUAUCAAAUGGUUUUAUUUCAACACCAAAUUAUCCAAAUGGAUUUAUAUCAAAUUUGAAUUGUUUAUGUACAUUAGUUGGAUCAGGAAAUAAUUCAAUUGUUAUUGAAUUUAUUUAUUUUAAUUUAUCAAUUUGUUCUGAAUCUGGUCUUAUUUUAUGGAUUGGACAAGAUUUUCAAACAAAAUGUCUUACACAAGAUCCAAUAACAAUUAUUAGUAAUAUUCAACAAAAUAUAACAUUUAGAUUUUAUACAUUAAAAUCAAUAAAAAAAGGAGGAUUUUUAAUAAAAUAUUCUUUAUUACCUGAAUCAAAUAAUGGAACUGUUAGAUUACAAUGUUAUGUUGCAUCAUCAAUUAAUCGAUCAACAAUAUCAAAUAAUUUUUUAACAUAUAAAUAUUCUCGAAAAAAUUCAAAUAUCUAUGAUAAUGAAUAUGAAAAAGAAUUAUCUAUAACAAAUUCAAAUGAUUUAAUAAAAAAAUUUCGACCUAUUCAAUCAAUUAUUCAACCUUAUACUGAUAUUUUAUCUAUAAAUAAACAACAAUCAUUACAAAUGUUUAAUCAAUCGACAUAUAAACAAUAUUUAUUACCAAAUUCUAGUCCACUUUAUCGUUCAAAUAUGAAUUUAAUAAUAAUAUUUAUUGUUUCAAUAGUUGUUUUUCUUAUUGUGAUUAAUAUUCUUGUUUGGUUUAUGUGUUCUUUACGAUUAAAAAGUUCUAAAUCAAGAUCAUCUUUUGAAAAUUUCUAUUCUAAUCAAAUUAAUUUAAAUAAUGAAGGAAAAAAAUCAAUACAUAAACAAUUUUCUCAACGAUCAAAUCGUUUAAAAAGUCUUCAUUCAUUAUUAUAUGUUGAUCAUAAAGUUGUUGAUAUAAAUCCAAUAAAAACAAAUAUUAAUCGUGAUAUUGAUUCAUCUUUAUCUCAAUCUAAUAUUAAUUCAAAUUCAUCUUUAACAAAUCUUAAUCAAGAUUUUAUUAUUAAAUCAAAAUCAAGUGAAACACUUCAACAACCAAGACAAAUUAAUUCAUGGGAUGAUAUUUAA